AUGCAUAAUGUGUCUUCCACCUCUGGAUUACUCCUUCUAGAAUUCUCUCAGGUCCGAGAACUACAGAUUUUACACUUCUUUGUGUUCCUAGGAUUGUACUUACCAACCGUUAUGGGGAAUCUUUUCAUCAUCAUUGCAAUAGCCCUUGACCAUCAUCUGCAUACACCAAUGUACUUUUUCCUAAUGAACUUGGCCAUUUCUGACCUUGGCACAGUUUCUGUCACUGUACCCAAAUCCAUGGUUAAUUCACUUGUAAACAGCAGGCACAUUUCUUAUUCUGAAUGUGUCAUUCAAGUUUACUUCUUCGUAUUAUUUUGUGCCUGUGAUUUUGCCCUCUUAACAAUAAUGGCCCAUGACCGUUACAUUGCCAUUUGCAAACCACUACAAUAUGAAGCAAUUAUGAACAAAGGAGCCUGUAUUCAGAUGGCAGCCAGUGUGUGGAUUAUCAGUAUCCUCUAUUCGGCAUUACACACUGGUAGCACAUUUUCAGUGACCUUCUGUUCCAAUAACGUUGAUCAAUUCUUCUGUGAAGUCCCCAAACUACUAAAACUGUCUUGCUCUAACUUGUACCUUGUUGAAGUUGGACUUAUUGUGUUUAGUUUUAUCAUAGCGUUUGGAUGCUUUAUCUUCAUUUUUACAACUUAUGUGUGGAUCUUCAGAGCAGUCCUCAAAAUCCCUUCUAUACAGGGACGGCAAAAGGCUCUCUCCACCUGCCUCCCCCACCUUGUUGUUGUCUCUGUGUUUAUGUUUACUGGGCUCUUUGUUCAUGCGAGACCUCCCAGUAAGAUCUCAUCUGAUCUAGAUCUAAUUUUUGCUGUGAUAUAUACUGUUCUUCCUCCUAUGCUGAAUCCUUUCAUCUAUAGCAUGAGAAACAAAGAGAUUCAGGCAGCACUGAGGAAACUAUUGAAUGUCAGGCACUUUUCUGACACUCUUCCCAGAUUUGUUCUGAGAUUUUUGAGAUUUCCCUGUAUAGGUCUGCCCAGGAGUUGA